AUGAGCGCCACAACACGUACAGGAUUAGUUCCCACGCCCAAGAGGCAUGUCAAGUAUCUUAAAAAGCGCAAGAAUCAGCAUGGCGAUGUUUCGCGAAUGCCGCUCAAGUUCGAGGCCACGCCCAUGCCCCUUUCGCUACGCCCCUUUGGCGGGCUCUUUAAUCCUUUUGCCAAGGGUUGCUCGGUGCUUUGCAAUCAUCCAGCUCCGUCUGGGGUUAAGGACGUGAUCAAUCAGCUGAAGACAUCGCUGGCGAUUGAGGGCAAAAGUCAGCAGCACGGAAAGCAGGACAAAAUUCCCGAGGAGCCGGAACUGCAACCCCAUGAGGCGGAUAAUAUUCCGGAGGAUCUGUUCCGGCGAUAUGCAGAAACGGAUUCGCGACCAAUGACGCCAACUCCCACGGUAACAAGUAUCCAUACAAGAACCAGUGCUGGCUCCUUCUAUCGACGAUGCAUAACACCAGAGUGGGGAAAACACGAAAAUAUUAAGAGGAAGAAAAUCAUAUUGGACUUGAGAAGAUCCCACUCCCAAGAGACUCUCUACUGGAAACCCAGUUCGGAUUUGACCCAAAGUGGUUUGGAGGAGGACAAGAAGCCCAAGAGUGCGGGUGCCAACGAGGACAAGAAGCCGAAGAGGCAGCCUUCCAAUGAGCAGAGACCCAAAUCUUCAAUGGCCACGGCCAAUUUGGCUCCAGGAGGAGAUGCCACCAGUGAUCAGGAGGCCAAGCCCAAAACCUGCAUCAACGAACACGAACUGAGCGACGAGGAUGUGCGUCGGGGCAAAAAACGAAAGAAGUUAAAACCAGCUCAAGCCACCACCACUUUUCACUUGAGUGAGGAUCCAGAGACUCAGGUGGCUGCUCUGGGCCCCGAUUCACUCAAUCCCAGUACCAGACCCAGUUUGAUACCCAAUUCACUCACCUUGCUGCCCAAGGAUAAAAGGGAGACUGAACGAGAACCCAUCCUCUUGAAGGGAAGUUUUCUCACCGAUGAAGCCUUUCAGGCCCUGAAAACCGAUUUGGAUGUGGAUCUCAUAGAAAACACAUUUGGAAGAUAUCUAAAUCGAGCGCUUCGAGAAGCCAUCAAGUACAUGCCACCCAAACCUAAAACGGUGCCAAAACCCACCGAAGAUAAGGUUCCCCCAGAAACAACGUCUAAAAUGCCGCGAAAAUUUUCCAAAUCAGCAACGAGAUUCGAUGUGCCCAUGGAUCUUUCCAUGUUGAAAAAUAUGACCCCAUGGGACUAUUUGAGCAAGUGCGUCUGGGUAUCGCAACAGAGAAAACAGCUGUAUAAAAGAGUGUUUUUGAAAUAUCUAAGUCGAAUCGAGGAGCCGGAAAGUGAGUUGGCGGUUAUGGGAAUGGGAAACGAUGAGCUGCCGGAAUAUAAAUACCGGGAAAGAACCCUCGUCUGGCAGAGCCUGCCGCAAGCUCUGGAGGAUGUGUUGGAGUUUCAUGGAACAGAGGAAAAUGUGCAAGGGACUCUCAGAAUGUUGGGAUACGAGUCACAUGGAUCGGGUGACUUGGAUUUCCGCGCCUGGUGCGGAAUAGUCUCCUUCGCAGAGAGAUUGGCCCUUGCUGAUGAGUCGGGAUCGGAUGAUUCAUGCGACGAACUGGAAAAGGCCGACUUUAAUAGCAUGGAGCAAAUAAUGCCGGACUUUGCUGUGCCCGAAAAGCUCAGGGACAUUUUCAAUGUAAUUCGAAAGACGCACAAAACUAGGUACUAAAAUAUACGCA